AUGGGAUACACAAGGAGAUUUCUUUACGAAAAAUCCGUCAAUGUCGUCAAGGUCAUGUUGUACAUUGAGGUAAAAAGCAUCGUUGCUUUUGAAGACAAAAAACUUGGAAAGUUUGCACGCGAUGUCACUAACGCGGAGGCGAAAGCUGUUGUGCUGAGAUACUUGGAAGAGUAUAAGAGGAGAUUUGUAGAACCAGCCGAACCAGCAGCUAGCACUUCACACCAUCCGGAACAAGAGUCUUCGCACUCGGCACCUGAUGAACCAAGAAGCCGUUUCAAGUCACUCACUUUUGAUAUGUUUCGAAAUGCAGAUCAUCCAUCCGUGCCAGUAGGUUCUACCGCAGAAGUAAGCCGCAGAAAAUUGGACAGUCAGGCGAAGGAGAUAAUAGGACGAGUGAGAACAUUCUUCAUCGAGUUGAAGCGACAGCUAGGAGAAGAAUCCACUGGUACCAUCUUUAACUCGCCAGCUCAGCUUACAGCUUUGGCUUGCGGAAUCUCGAUUCGCACAGUGUGGAAAGUCACAAGAGAGGACAGUAUAAGCGAGCCAGAAAGAACUACGCAACGAAGAGGCAGCAAGAAGGAGCUGAUGGAAGCAGCCGUUAGGAAGUAUGGAGAGCAGUGGGGCCAGAUCGUACGACAUGCCAUCCAUGGAAAGUUACGAGAAGAAAAAGAUGUGACUAUUGAGGAGAUGCGAAAAGAACUUCAAGAAGCCUAUCCGUCCUUCAAAAUGUGCACUGGGACAUUCUAUUAUUUCGUCAAAGGCUUAGGCUUUUCGUAUAGAAUAAACAGAAACCAACCUAUUAUUUACGAACGUCCCGAUCUGGUCCACAAGAGAGCGGUGUACCUCUCAGCUAUGGAAGCGGCAAGAAAUCAACAGAGUUGUCUCGUCUUUAUGGACGAGACAUGGGUAUUUGAUUCAAUGACGAGAAAGAGGGGAUGGAAUGACAACACCAUCCCCCUUUUUGCCCCUGAGUCGACACUGCGUGAAUUCUCCUGCGGUAGAACUGCGGCAAAGAAUAAGGGUAGACGUGCCAUAGUCAUAGGGGCCAUAACGGAAGAGGGAGCCGUCCCGGAAUCUACUAAAGUCAUCAUCAGUGGAGUCAGGGAUGUGGAUGACGAUUACCACCGGGACAUGGAUGCUGUGUUGUUUGAGAAUUGGCUACGAGACACCAUACCCCACAUGCAAACGGUCGCCGGUGGUCGUCCCAUCGCACUCAUAAUGGAUAACGCUCCAUACCAUAGCCGACAAAAAGAGAAGGUCCCUACUCGUGCUUCAAGAAAAUCAGAGAUUGAAGAAUAUCUCACGAAGAAUGGCGUAGCAGUCCCGGCAAAGAGCACGAAAGAGCAGCUUUUAGUUGAGCUUCAAGAUUUCAUACAAAGCCGCGGCGGCGUAAGUGCUGUGCGCACUUACGUCGCUGAUUCCAUCUGCGGCGAACAUGGGAUUACAGUGAUAAGGCUUCCGCCUUAUCACUGUUUCUUUAAUCCCAUCGAAUUAUGUUGGAGUCAACUAAAAGCUCACCUUUGCAAAGUGGGAAAACCAGGAGACACGUUGGAGCUGGUGAGGACAAGAACGAUAGAGUGGAUGAAUGGCUUCCCUUCGACACUGAGCAGCGGCUGGUUUCGGCACGUUGCUGGCCAGGAGGACGCAGCGAGAUCAAAGAUCGCUGUGGAUCUAGCCAGCAACAACAUUAACAGAGACCUUCCGCCGUUGGACGAGUCUUCCUCCGAUGAGGAAGUCUCACAAUUAGUUGAGAUAGAUGACGUAAUGGAAGAUCUCACAGAGUUUAUCGAAUGA